AUGCCCCCUAUUAAAGGUAUUGGCAAAAGGGAUCCAAAUAUAACUAUAACACGACAGGGUGUUCAAAACUACAUAAAAACAAUAAAGCGGUUAGAUUCUUCAAAAGAGCCUUUCCCGAUCAAAAGAAUAGACCUACAGACUUAUAUUAAAACUAAAAUCGAGGAUGGUGUAUCACGUGAAACUCUAAGCCGUUACAUAGGAGACAUUAAAUCUCAUAAUAUCGCUAUCAAAAAAGGAUGGGAUUAUAGCGUAUUUGAGCCCCUCUUAGAACAAGGUUUGAGGCAAUUAAGGACAAACAAAAGUCGAUCUAUCAGUGAUGUGACUCAAGAUAGAGCAGAUAGGCAAUUGCAUGCAAGUGAUUCGGGUAAUAUCCCUUCUGACUCGUCAAGCCCAACUUAUGCCCCAAGUUAUUUAGGAAAUGCAAUAAACACCGAAGACUGGAUUGUCCAAUAUCUACGUGAGGGUGACGCGAAUAGAGAAUUAACUAUAAGUAAUUCUUCUUUAGGGUCAAGUCAGGCUUAUCCUCAAAACUGUUCAGAAAAUGUGACUCUUCAUCCUGAACAAACUGUUGACCUAAUGAACUCUGAAAAGUGUACUUCUUCAACUGAUCAAAAUAUUUGUGAAAACAACGUAAAUAGUGAAUUAUCUAUGAAUAACUCGUUUACAAUUCCUCCCGAAGUGACAAAUCAACAUUUUUAUCAAACCUCUCCGGGAAAUAAUUUCCUUCUUCCAGGACAAGGGAUAGUUUUCUCAAUGAACGCUGAAGACUUGGGCUUUCAGCCUGACAAACAUGAAAUCAAUAGAGAGUUAUCUAUAAGUAAUUCUCCCGGAAUGCAAAGUCAAGCUUCUCCUUUAAGGAAUGCCCCUCUUAAUGAUUUCAUAAACUCUGAAAAAUGUAGUUCCAGACCGGACCAAAAUCUUGGUAAAGGCGUGAUGAAUAAAGAAGCACCUAUAAUUGAUCUAGAUGCAAUUCUUCUUUCUGCAGUACCUUAUCAAGUUUAUCCUCAAGCCUUUCCGGGGAAUAUUUAUUUCCAAGGACAAGAAUAUGUUGAUCGCAUGACUGUCACUGAAACUUGGAUUUUAAACCUGGAAUACUUAUACGAAAUUUUUUAUGCAUCAGAGUUAAAUAAACUUUUACAGUUAUUGACACAAACGACAACCAUGCAUUCUGACUCACGGCGUGAUUUGCGAGAGUUAACUAACCGUCUCGAAUCCGGAUAUUCAACUCGUGAGGUCUUCUUAGAAUUCGAUAAACAUCUACGAGAGGUUGAAGAUCAGGUUUCUUGUUUACGUUUGGAAGUAAAAAAGUUUGCUUCUAUGUGA